AUGUCUGAAAAUUUGAAGAGAGCAGAAUCAUUAUUCAAUAGAAUAAUGAAUCAAGGUUCAGAUUCACCGACUCUUAAUUCAUCUCCACAACAACAAUCUCAAUCUCAAGCUCAACAAAAUCAACAUCAUCAAAAUUCUAAUUAUUCACAUAGAUCAAAACAUAGAAAUGGAGAUUCUCAUCAUCAUAAUAAUAAUAAUCAUCGUAAUCAUCACAAUAAUAACUAUCACAACAACAGUAGUAAUAAUAAUAAUAAUAAUACUUCACAUAUAAAUCAUAAUAUAUCUUCAUUAGAAAUUGCAAAAUUACCCAAAUUAGAUGUAUUAAAAUUAACUCAAGAAGCUUUAGAUACAAUAGGUGAAAAUGAACAUGUAUUACCUUAUUGUUGGACAAUUUGGCAUCAUUCAAGAACCAAAAAACAAAUUCCACCAUCACAACCAUCACCACAACAACCUUCAACUGACGAAGAAUCUAAUCAAUCACAACAGUCACUUCAACAACAACAACAACAACAACCUGGGGUGGAUUCAUAUUUACAAACCACUUCUCAACUUCAUUUCCAACAUACAAAUGAAUUAACAAUAUCUCAUAUUGCAUCAAUUGAACAAAUGUGGACCAUGUUUAGCACUAUUAAAAAUGGAUAUAAAUUAAGUAUAGGUACUGAAUUUUUAAUUUUUAAAACUGGUAUAAAUCCAGUUUGGGAAGAUCCUUUAAAUUCAAAAGGUGGUAGAUGGGUAUUUCGAUUCAAUAGAAAAAAUGAACCACAUAGCUUUAAUAAUAAUAAUAAUUCAAUUGGUUCUCCUAAUUUAGAACUUCAAUCAUCUCAUCAAUCAAUUGAAAAAUUAAGAAAAAGAUCAUCAUUAAUUUGGGAAAGAUUAGUUUUAAAAAUUCUUACAGGAAAUUUUAUACCAUCAAAUUCAAAUGAAAUUAAAAAAAUUUUAUUAAAUGAUAUUUGUGGAAUUGUAUUAAGUGUAAGAAAAGAUGAAGAUAUAAUAUCCAUUUGGAAUUCAAAUUUAAAUUUUAUAAAAUCUUCAACAAAUAGUUCAUCAACUACAACAAAUAAAAAAUUAACUUCAUUUCAAGCAAGAAGAAUAAUUUGUGAUUCAAUACUUAGAAUAAUAAGAGAAUGUGAUGAAAUUUUAAAUACAAAUUCAAAUUGUAUAACUACUUUAGAUUCAGGUUCAAAUGAAAGAGUUUAUGGUGUUAGUUUUGAAUAUAGAUUACAUGUUGAAACUCCAAUAAAUCAUGAUAAUUCAUCAACUAAUAAUAGUAAUAAUACUAAUGGUAAUGGUAAUGAUAAUAGAUUAAAUUCAAAAAAUAAUGAUAAUAAUAGUAGAAAAAAUGGUAGGUAUUCUAAUAAAAAUUAUCAUCAUCAAUAUAAUAAUAAAAAUGAUAAUACUAAUAAUAAUGAACAAUCAAUUAAAACUAUUUCAACUGAAACAAAUUAA